AUGGAGGGGCCCAGGCAGCGCUGCCCGAUGGCCCCCGGUGCGCAGGGCUGGGCCCGGGCCGGCCGCGGCACCGCGCUGCUGGUGCUGGCGCUGCUGCUGCUCCUGCACCCCCUGCUCCGGGGCCUGGCUCUGCAGCUGCACUCGGCUCUCACGGGCAGCUACGUGCCAGGGACACACUCGGUGGUGUUUGUCACCUGCCUCAACGAGCACAUCGCCAGGGACAUCGCCAGGGCCAUCAUGGACAGGAGGCUGGCUGCCUGUGUGAACAUCCUGCCCAAGAGCUCGGCCCUGUAUUUCUGGAAAGGGGAGCUGGAAGAAUCCACUGAAAUACUGUUGCUGGUGAAAACAAGGACGUCCAAAAUAGGGGAAUUGUCCAACUACGUCAGAUCCAUCCAUCCCUUUGAAAUCCCCGAGAUCAUCAGCCUGCCCAUCGAGCAGGGGAACCCUGCCUACCUCCGGUGGAUGGAGGAGAACGUCCCACGGCACUGAGAGGCACAAAGUACCGCUCAUUUUUGGGGAGUCAUAAGGCAGAUUUUAUCUUCUGGGGUUUGCUGUGACACAGGAGCUCGGGACUGGGAAAUCUCCACUCCUCUGCCUGUCCCUGAGCGCUGGGCAGCCUGGAGCCGGUGCAGGAUGAGCUGGGAAGGGCUGCCUGCACCCAAAGCUGUGCCUGA